AUUUUAUUCUAGAUGAUACUCAGUUAUAACUCAGUACUGAGUAUUAUACUAACUGUAAAUUAUUAGCCUAAUUUUAAGUGACUUAAAUUAGCAUCUUUACUUUUACUACCGUCGAUAUCUUAAAUUAUCUAUUAUUACUGUAUUAUUACUACUACUACUAUUAGUAGUAUUACUAUUAGAUCUAGUAUAGAUCUAAUUAUUGAUAGAUUUUGAAUUCAUUGAUAUAGACAUAGAAUACUCAUACUGAUACUGAUAGAAUAGAUCUAAUCUAGACUAAUAAUUGUAACUCAUUAAUUAAUUAAAUUUGUCACCAGUGUCUAGUAAAUCUGAAUUUAUUAUUACAUUACAUAAUAUGUAUUUGAUCAUAAAAUUUAAUUAGUAUUCAUAGUCAUCAUUCAUAGCCGAGACUUAGACUAGAUUUGACUAGAUAACUAGAUCUAUAUAAUUCUCUAAUUGAUCUCGAGUAAUUCAUAGAUAGAAGAAGGGUAUCAGAUCAAUGAGAUGCCCAUUAUCAGUCUAUCUGUAGUAAUAAAAAUAAGCUAAUUUAGAAUCUAGUGUCUAGUUGUAGAUUUAUUGCUUAUAUUACUUAUAAAACUAUAAUUUAGAGUCUAUAUGCAAAAAUAUAUUUAAUGUUAAUUUCAUAUUUUAAUUUUCUACUAAUGUUUACACUAGACUGAUUAGGGAAUCAGUAGAUCAGAUAAUCAUUAAUAGAUCUAGUUUUAUGGAAUCUUGAUAUUGAUUUUUUUUCUUGGAUUAAAUGAUUGAAUUGUAGAAUCAAGAUCUAGAUCUAGUUACUAGAUUAAGAUACCCUGGUAAGAGAGAAAUGCUAUAGAUCUUAAGAAAUCAUAAACAAUGGGACUGGAUUUAUCUACUGUCAAGCAAGUAUUGAGUGUUCAGUCUGUAUCUGAAGGAUGUCUCCCUUUAACACCUUAUGUCACUUUUCCAAAAGAACAAUGGCCUUGUGAUGACAAAGGUUUGGUGACAGAUUUUCAUGCUUUGCCUGAUAAAUUAAUGCAAAUUGUACAAAGCAACAAUUGGUAUUGGUGGUGUGAUGCUCAGUUUGUUCCCUUUAAAGACAUCAGUUUGUUUACUGCUUCCUCUGUUUAUGAACCCAGACCUGACAGACGCUGGUCUCAUGUUUCACACAUGCCCAAUGGAAAAGUAGUUUUAUAUCAGCUAUGGUCACCAGACAGAAUUGAAUGCAAUAUAUAUAGUCGCACAAACAGUACAGUGUUUCCAAGAGUUUGUCCACAUCCCCUGGGUGAGCUUGUGGCCUACUGUGGUACUGGGGAAGUUGUUAUCAUGUCAGAUAAUGGAGAUCCACUCUAUUCCAGAAGUCGGGACUUAACUAAUGCAGUUCAUGUCUACUGCACAGUAGCCAAUAAUGGCAUUAGUUUUGCUUGCUUGAAGCGUGGGAUGGGUGUGUUCUUUCUGGAGCAUCACCAUCUUGACUCGACCAUGAUGAUCCAUGACACCAUCCGUUGCAAUCAAAUUUGCAAAGAAUUUGUCCCUUUAAAAACUGGAAAUGACUGUGUAGCUUGCAAGUUCUCACCCAAUUCAAAGCAAAUAGCUGUGAGUAUAUCAACAGGAAUUUUGUUUGUAGUCAAACGUUGUAGACUUGAAAAAGUGUGCAUCAUCUGUCCUGAUAUGAUUGAACAAAGACUAUCUUCCGCCGAAUCUUUUGACUAUGACCCUCGUUUUCCAUCAGAAGUUCUUUCCCUUGCCACCAAAGAUAACUUCAUUUAUACUAUUCACAUUCCUACUGCAGAUCAACUUUGCUCAACACAAACUGUGGAUUUAGUAGAUUGUCUUAUUUACAGCCACGAUGGCUGCUUGAUUGCUGCUGGCUUCCACAACUUUAACAUCACUGUCUACAGUAGUCAAGAUCUGGCACCUUUCCAUGAGAUCUCAAUGUCCAGCUUGUGCCAAGACAUUGUCAGGGUCCAGAGAGACUAUCCAAGUGUCCUUCACCUAAGUUUUUCUCAAAAUGCUGAGCACCUGGCCAGCACAUCAUCAGAUGGACAUGUCCGGCUGUGGAGAAUAGAACGCAUGUUUAGCUUACAAGAGCUGUGCAGAGACAGAAUAUUACAAAGUAUUCCAGUUUACAAAGUGAAACAAUUAAACAGCAUUCCAGACAAGAUCAAAGAUUUCAUUGUGUACAAGUAUUUUUAAAUCCUAGCUAUCAGUUUGUUACAAAACUUAGAUCAACUUCAUGUCUGGUAAAAAGUUUGAACACAUUUUUUGUGCUUUAUCCAUACUCAGAUCAAGUUGAAACUUUGCACAAUUAUUCAUUGGCAUAGGCAAUACAUGAAUUAAAAAAAACAAUUAGUUAAUUAAUUAUUGGUAAUUAAUCACUUUGUUUGAUACUGAUAAGGGAAAUGAAUCCUUCAAUAUUCAAAGAAAUUGCUAAAUAUGUAGGGUUUUGUUCCUUUUAGAUAAUAAUGCUCAUUAUUUCCCCCACACCCUUUCUUGGAUCAAGUUGAAACGUUAUACAAUUACUUAUGCUACCUAACAAAACAUGAAUCAAUUAAGAAAAAAAAACAACUAACCAAUUAGCCAAUUAAUUACUGCUAAUUAAUUAUUUUGAUAUUCAAGAAGGGAAAUAGUUUCUACAUUAUAGAGAUAUAUGUGAAGUUCCUCCAUUUAGAUAAGCUCUGUUUUUAUAUAAAAAAAAGUAUUUUUAUUUUCAGCUUUGCACCAAGAUAAAUGAAAAAAUAUAUUUGAAAACUUAAUGAAUAAAUAUAUAAGACCACGACUCACUUAAGGGAAUUGAUACUUGAUUUCAGAUUGUUCCCUUAGAAGGUCUUUCAUUUUGCUGUUGUGUUUUAUUAUUAUUAAGGUACCUUAUUCGUUUCAAUCAAAUGGGAAUUCUUUCAUUUGUCUCUUAUUGAUUGUGGCAUUUUACGUCUCCAGAGACGAUCUUUUACUUUUGCAACUUCUCUUGUGACUAAAGAGGACAAUCUUUGAUGCACAGCCGCGGUCACAGGUUGGGCAUAUGUAAUCAGCUAUGGGAAAACCUGGGUUGUAAAUUAGGUCUAAGGCUAAGUGAGUAAACCCUAACAGAAAAUCCAGUUUUGAAGCCCCAUAGGUGGGAGGACAGUGGUAUAAUAAUAAUAAUAAUAAUAAUAAUAAUAAUAAUAAUAAUAAUAAUAAUCUUUAUUAUCCGUAAGGAAAUUUGUCUUACAAUUUGUGCAUUACACCAAACAAAAACAUUAUAACUAUAAGAAACCAAAGUGUACAUUCACACCAGACUCACUCAUAAUUUACAUGUGACAAAGUUUAUACCAGAUUGUUCUUAUUUAAUGAUUUGAUUGCCAGGGGAACAAAAGAGUGUUUGUGUCUGUUUGUCUUUGCUAUCGGUGUCUUGUAUCUCUUUUGUGAUGGUAAAAUCACAAAGUCCUGACACAAAGGGUGAUUCUUUAUUAAGACUACUGCUCUCUGGCAAACUCCUGCAUCCACCUAACCCCUAAUGGCAAUGGCUUUCCAUCCUUUUGGACCCGGUCAGUAUGGAAGAGAGGCGAGUAUUGACGCGUGGGCAGCCCAGCACUCGCUAAUUUGUCUCAUAAGUGUUCACAAAUACCAGCACACAACCUGCAAUGAUAAUCUUAGACCUACCCAUGUUUAAAAUAGAAGCUUUUGGCACAGCCUACUAGUUUCUAAUGAAUUUACUUAAUCAGACACCCACCGAGUGUCCAUAAAAUAUUAUGGUAGCAGUUUAAUUUCAUCAUAAUCUGGUGAUUUUAAUUCACUUCAAUUAUCAUGAUAGACAGGUCACAACCGUUACAGGCAGAAACAUUCAUUGAGAUAUUAUUGUAAGAUAACUAGGUUAAAUCUCCUUUAUAAAUUAUUGAUUGAGAAUUUAUAAUAUCAGCCUAAUACUUAUAUAUAACAGUCUUAAUAUAAUAUAUAUCCAAUGUACAUUUCAGGGUAAAUUGGUAAAUGCUUUAAUAGGAAACAGUACAAUGACUAACUUGAUUUGAGAUAGUCUGAACUCUUAUAUAUUCUAUGUUUUGUUUUAGAAUAAAAGUCUCUCUCAUAUGAUCAUAAUAAUUAAAUAAUAAUGCAGAAGAGGUUACUGUUUUAAUAAAUGUUGUGCUCUUUUUGUGUGUGUGUGUGAGACACAGAUCAAAUUUUGUGUAUAAUUCUUUUUUUUAUUCGGUGAUAAAUCAUUUAUAAACUAAUCUGUUUUGUGUAUAUGUUAAAAAUGAAAAAUACAGCACUGAUUGUUUUCUUUCUA